AUGUCAGUGUCUCAGUCUAUUUUGUCUUUGUUACGUAAACAAUUUACACUCACAUCUCCACCCAUAAAUGGAUAUAUCAUCCCAACCUCAGACGAACAUCAAAGCGAAUAUACACCAGCCAAUACAAAACGCCGUCAAUUCAUCUCCAAAUUUACAGGCUCGGCAGGAACUGCAGUCGUAACUACUGAAAAGGCCGCAUUAUGGACAGACGGACGAUAUUGGAACCAGGCCUCAACAGAACUUGAUCUUGAUUCCUGGAUUCUAAUGAAACAGGGUAUCUCUCCACUUCUACAUUCCAACAGGACUGCAAGAUACUCCCUCUAUGGGGGAUUGGCUCAGUCAAACGAAUGGGAAUCACUUUCAAAGAAACUUGACCAGAAGAAGAUGAGUCUUGUCCCUGUUGAAGACAAUUUGGUGGACAGAAUAUGGACCGACAGACCCCCAACUCCUAAAUCUCGCAUUUUUCCACUCGAAAUAAAAUAUUCUGGACAAUCUUGGGAAGAGAAGAUUCCUAAGAGCAGUAGUUACUUCGCUGCUAAACAAAUUGAUUCCCCAAUCCUCCAGACUGAUUGGUCUCCAAUAAGUAGAUUGAAGGCAGUGAAGAACCCAACUGAAUCGGCUGGAAUGGAAUUGGCUCAUCUGAAGGAUGCCGUGGCACUUACUGAGUUCUUCUAUUGGCUAGAAACGACGAGUUUUGGUGAGCUGACUGUUAAAACGUCCUCAAAACGAGUUUUUAUUUUCACAAAUCAAGACCAAAUCAUAACUAAAGAUUCCCAAGGACUAGAAAUAGCUGAGACCAGAGCAAAAGAUCUCUAUAAUUCUGACUGUGAUGUAACAGAAGAUAUGCUGGAUACUGCUAAGGAUUUGAUUAGUCAUUUAAUGUUUACAUACCAACCAGAAACAUUCGAGAAUCCGUCGGUGAGAAGGUUUUAUAGCACUUUGGAGGCAAUGGCCUUGGAUAUGAAUGACGUGGAGGAGUUUGAGGACCAUACUUGUAGUGAUUUUAGAUUAUAUAUUAGUGCCUAA